AUCAGGCCCACAAUUUUUGUAUUUGAAACAGCGAAAAAGAGCCGUUGGACUUGAGAGAGAGAGAAAAAGAAAGUGAAAAUGGUGGAAAGCGAAAGCAGGCUGGAUCGUCAAGUACAUUCAUCAUGGGCAGAUGAGGUAGAGAAAGAAGAGGAAGAAGUAGCUCAAGCACAAGCUCAACUCCAGCAAAAGCAGAAACCAAACCCUUUUGGAUCUGCGAGACCUAGAGAAAUUGUUCUUCAGGAGAAAGGAAUUGAUUGGAGAAAACUCGAUCUCCAUCUUCAACAAAAAUCCCCCUUAAGGCAAGAGGCCCCCAAUGAGAAGUCACGCAAGGAAAACAUUCCAGAUGCAAAUUUGGAAUUCAAUCUAUUGGCUGCCCGAAACAAGAUGCCUCUGUUUGUGCCUCCGCUGAGAUUUCCGCCCAAAAACAUGAUUGCUUAUAAUCUGUAUGGCUUCGACAAUGGACAGCAAGAUUUUCAUCGCAGAAGUAACUUGAAACCUAAUGGAAUACAAAGAUCCCAGAGUCAUGAGCAGAGAUUGCAACAGUUAAAGAAGAAUGGUAGCAAAGUUGAGUCUGCCCAAUCAGUAGGGAAAGGGGGUAAUUUGCAAAAUCCAAGAAGAAAAUUCAACGGGAAUGGACAGCAUUUGCCAUCCAAUGCUAAAGACUGGAAGAAUAUCAAAGAUGGCUUUGCAUUGGGCGAAGGGGCUAAGGAGCGUCUCCCGUCGAACCAGUCAUGUUCUAGAUCCAGAAAAAAUUAGUGAGCACAUAAUCUGUGUGUAAACUAUGAGAAUAAAGGAAGAGCAGACGGGGCAGUAGAAUUAUCACCACGAUUUUGCUUUCAGUUUUUGACUUGUACCACUUGUUGCAACAGAGAGCUUUUUUAGUUAUGAUAGCAUUUCAGAUGAUCUAUCAAUUUUUUGGAAUAAAUAAAUGGACGAUGAUUUCAUUUCAA